CUUCAAAACCCCCUCCAGAUGGACGAGACUUUCCCUCCUGCCCCAGAAGGUCCGCGAUCCCCCAGCCCCAAAGCCGGCCGCUUUGCUGAACGUUCACCAGAAGGCAGGAACCCGCGACGGCUCAGCCGGCGCACACGGGGCGGGGCCCGGGGCAAUUGACUCAGAGCCGGGCCCCGCAGGGAAGAGGCGGGCGGCUGCGCUUUGUUUUGGUUGCCCCAGCACGCGGGCUCCGUGCGGGGAUCCCACCUGGCUGAUGUCCACUGAGUCCGAAGGAGGCAGGCGGCUGAAGUGCGAGCUCUGAGGGGUUAAAGCGCUCGGGAGGUUAGACCAAGGCACGAUGCGGGAUCGGGUGCAACUGGCAUUUGCCUGCGCUUGACCUGCCAAGCUCCGGGUGGCAAGAACCUGGGCUUCGAAGGAGGCUCCCACCGCCUGCGUGCUGAGGGCUUUGCUGGCGCUGCCCAAUUGCACGGGUCACAGCUGCUGCGGGCUGCCCGGCCCAGAGAUCUCUGAUGGAAGCAUUUGCCAACAGCGUGGCCCUCCGGCGGCUGGGAGAGGCGCUCUCCAGCAUCCCGCCCCUGCAGAGCGCCCUGCUGCUGCUCCUCUCCCUGCUCGCCGCCAUCCACCUGGCGAAGCUCCUCCGGCGGCGGCGGCGCCUGGAGCCCCCGGGCCCUUUCCCGUGGCCCCUGAUCGGCAACGCGGCUCAGCUGGGCAGCGCCCCGCACCUCACCUUCGCCCGCCUGGCCCGCACCUACGGCGACGUCUUCCAGCUGCGCCUGGGCAGCCGGCCCGUGGUGGUGCUGAACGGCGAGCGCGCCAUCCGCGCGGCGCUCGUCCGCCAGGGGGCCGCCUUCGCCGGCCGGCCGCGCUUCCCCUCCUUCCAGCUGGUGUCCGGGGGCCGCAGCCUGGCCUUCGGCGGCUACUCCGAGCUGUGGAAGCUGCAGCGCCGGCUGGCGCACGCCACCGUGCGGGCCUUCUCCGGCGGCAGCCCGGCCCCGCGCCGCCUGCUGGAGCAGCACCUGCUGGGCGAGGCGCGGGCGCUGGUGGCGCUGCUGGUGCGGGGCAGCGCGGGCGGCGCCUUCCUGGACCCCGCGCGCGGCCUGCUGGUGGCCGUGGCCAACGUGAUGGGCGCCCUGUGCUUCGGCCGCCGCUCCGGCCACGGCGACGCCCACUUCCUGCGCCUGGUGGGGCGCAACGAGCAGUUCGGCCGCGCGGUGGGCGCCGGCAGCCUGGUGGACGCGCUGCCCUGGCUCCGGCGCUUCCCCAACCCGGGCCGCGCCGCCUACCGCGCCUUCCGCCAGCUCAACCGCGACUUCUACAGCUUCGUGCGGGGCAAGUUCCUGCAGCGCCGCGGCAGCCUGCGCCCCGGCGCCGCCCCCCGCGACAUGCUGGACGCCUUCAUCCGCCUCCAGCGGCAGCAGCCCCGGCUGCCGCUCGAGCACGUGCCCGCCACCGUCACCGACAUCUUCGGGGCCAGCCAGGACACCCUCUCCACCGCCCUGCAGUGGCUCCUCAUCUUCCUCCUCCGAUAUCCAAAGGUGCAGGUUAAAAUGCAAGAAGAAGUGGAUAGGAUUGUUGGCAGAGAUCGCUUGCCCUGUGCAGAAGAUCAACCUCAUUUGCCCUAUGUUAUGGCUUUCCUUUAUGAAUCCAUGCGUUUCAGCAGCUUUGUGCCAGUCACUAUUCCACAUGCCACCACAGUCGACACCUCCAUAAUGGGCUACCUCAUUCCAAAAGAUACAGUCAUAUUCAUCAAUCAGUGGUCAGUGAAUCAUGACCCAGAAAAAUGGUCCAACCCAGAGGAUUUUGAUCCAACAAGAUUCCUGGAUGAGAAUGGAUUCAUUAACAAAGAUCUUACUAGCAAUGUGAUGAUUUUCUCAUUGGGUAAACGUAGGUGCAUUGGAGAGGAGUUAUCCAAGAUGCAGCUCUUUCUCUUUACCUCCAUACUGGUACACCAGUGCAAUUUUAUUGCUAACCCAAAUGAGGACUCUAAAAUGGACUUCACCUAUGGGUUGACCAUUAAACCUAAGCCAUUUACAGUUAAUGUCACUCUUAGGGACACUAUGGAUUUGCUAGAUAAAGCUGUCCAAAGAUUGCAAGCUGAGAAAACAGUUACUGAAAAUCAUCUAUCAGCAAAUCUAUGAACACUGACAUUUGAAUAAAAUAUAUAAGGAUGCUCCCGCCUCGCUCUUUUUAGACUUAAAAUAAAAUAAAUAAUAAUAA